GCACGAGAGCUUUUCACAAACAGCCAUAACAGUGACUGAAAAAAGUCGUCAAAGGACUGGAAAAGGUCGAAUCAAGAGUGUCAGCAAUCGAACACAAAUCACAAAUACAAUGAAGAUCGUCAAAGAUGUUCGUCCAAAUAAGUGCACAACCAAACAAGCGAGCAGCGAUGCAGCAACCCCAGCCCCAUCCUAUUCCCUCACAUGUCACUGGACAAUGAUUGUCUCUGCACUUUGACUAGGGGCCGCAUCAUCAUAGACCACAUCCAUCCGCUGCAACGUCUCAUUCACGGGCAGCCUGAUAACCACAGCACACUCUCUGUCACAUUGAUGUCUCCCUUUUUUUUUGCUGUGGCGUCAUGUGUUUCCCUCACCACUUCAGAGGUGGCUCCACAUUCUCUGUCUCAUCACUGUAGUCAACGUGCCUCCACUGCCAUCGCCGCAAUUCAUCUGUCACAGGAUUCCUCACGGACGGGUGCACGCUCACGUCUCGCAGUGUCACAUUCACACACGGACGGGCCUCCGAAUCGCACGCCAAGAAGCCGGGGAAGAAGUUCGUGAAGGUCCCGGUCAAGCGCUCGACCAGCACGUCGCUGAUGCGGACUGACUCUUUCUUCGGGGGGCGUCCGUCAGGCUUCCACACGUGCGGACCCGGGUGAUCUGACACGAAAGGAAUGAAAAGGUCAGAAGGUCGAUGCGCUGGAUGGGCAUGUGUUGUGUGUCUGACCUGGGUAGAACUGAUUGAUAACGACUGCCCUAUCGACGUGGUCCAGCGUGAUGUCGCGGUAGGUGAUGUUGGAGACAGAGCCGACUGACCCAGGCCACGUCUUGAUGCGAGCGCCCACCUCAGUGCGGUGGCACUUGAUUCGCUGAAAGGUGACGUCAUUCACGAAGCCCCUCGUGCCUUCUCUCCGGCCGCCGAUGGAGCCGAUCGUCACGCCAUGGCCGCGACCGAAGACACAAUCCUCAACGAGGAUCUUCUCUGACCCACUCUUUAUCUGCAGGCAGCACAAACACACAAAGGGACAGUGCAGAUGACCAAGUGCACGUGACCUCUCCGUGUGUCUAGUGUUGGCUCGCUUACCGCCACAUUGUCGUCUCCCGUGCUGAUAUCGGCGCGUCUUAUCGUCACGUUAUAUGCCCUCAGUGUCUGAAUGCCGUCGGUAUUCGGCGACGAGUCUGGUGCGCGGAUCGUCACGUCCUCGACCAGAGCGUGCCGGCUCUCGUCGAUGACGAGGUUGAACAUGGGUGAGUCCUGCAGCCGAAGAUUGUCCACAAUUACCCCCUCACACCGACGGAACACCACCAACACUGGCCUAAAGAAGUUGGCAUCGGCUCCGCGGUUCCACGCGUCGAACACCAGCUGCCACCAGGCCGGGCCGUUGCCGAUGACGCUCCCCGGUUCGCUGCUGACAUCAGGUCGAAGGGAGCUACCAGUGACGCGGACAUUCGCAGACUCCUCGAUAAGUAAAAACGCUGGUGUGCUGCCGAAGGGGUACGACGGCCAUCUCGUGGGGUCAUGGAAGGCCUGCAAGCUGCCCUCGAUUCGGACAGUCAUGUUGACAGCGCUGCCGACGCGAAUGGGCAGAGUGAAGAAGUCCCCAUCUGGGAUGUGGAGAGUGCCGCCAGUCUUGCAUUCAGCGAGUGCAUCCAU